AUGCCCCAGCAAUGCUAUAACACUGGUGAAUCUUUCAAUACAGGUACCAAAAUGCAGAAACAAAGAAAUAAACAGGUUCUUUCCGUCAAUGAUAUACCACCGUCGAUCCCCGCAUUUAACAACCUUGACUUGGCUCAUGCUGUAGAUACAUUCAAACCAUCCCAUUUCGACAUCAACGAAAUGCCGCGAGAACUUCCUGUUUAUGAUAAGGGCACGGGAAAAUUUAAGCGGUUCAUAAAACGAAGCACCCCGAGAAGCAGAGUUGUUAGUGCUCCUCCCAUAGUGUCUGGGUCAUAUAUGGAUAAGGAGUUGCCUACUACACCUUGUUACGAUAUUAUUGAACCGAUCAAUCCUGUGUUAAACAAAAGGUCUAACCGGUUAUCAAAAGUAUCACAAAAUCCGAGGGUAGUUUCAGGGCCACAAGUACCACCAAAACACUCUAGAUUUGAUACCGAUCCGUGGGAUGACAGAAACACUCUGCUUUAUUCAUACAAAAGUUCAAUAGAGCUGUGGUUGAACACACUGCUGCACUAUAUGACGGGAACAUCUCCUUCGUAUCAACAUGCACCAUUGAAGCAGACUGGUUUAUCGAAGGACUGGAGUACAAUUUCGAAUUCUCCCAAAAUACGACCAGAAGUUCAGAGACGCCAUUUUACUGCCCAUCCGUUACUCAAUUACUCGACAAGUAGUGGUGCUGAUGAUUUAUUUUCAGGCAAAGAUGAAGCGUGGUGUUACCGAGAUUUGUAUUGA